GAUACCACAAUCUCUGCUACUCUCUGCAUGGCUUUCACCCUGCCCAAUCUGUGUCCAUCAGCUCUCCAGUCCAAGUGUCAGCUCCUCUAGCUAUGUAUUUCCCUUCCUCUCAGAAAGAGCUGAGUAACCCUCUGCCACAAAGGCUUCAAACCAGGGAAGUAGAAACCGCCCUCUCCACUACAUCCUGUCAGAUUAGCAGCUUCUGAUUUAUAUUGGUAUUGUCCAAGUAUGAAAGAAGCAGCUUUUCCACAGCAGUUAUAGAAUCCGUUGUUUGUGAGGGACUUCAUCAUGGGCUGAAAUGAGCUGAUAGCCACCACUACAGGAUACAUGAAAGUAAUUUGCUUCUGGUUUUUUACUCUUUUCACAGCUGAUUGCUGUGGACAUCAUUAUGGUUCUGAGAACACAGCAGAAUUCUAGUGCAUGAAGGACGUAAAUGAUAAUCCCGGAGGACCAUCUGGCCUGGAGCAGACAUUGGAACCAAGCUACGAUGUGACUGAAAGAACUGAGUGCAAGUCAGAUGGUUGUUCCAGUCCAGCCGUUAUGGAGUCAAUGGAUGAAGCUGAAGGACAGCAAGAAGAGCUGAACAGGAAGGAGCAGUCCCUGAAAACCUCUCAGAAAACAGCAGUGCUUGGUUGGGCGCCCCGAUGGAAUGGAUUAAUGCCUGGAGACCACAUGUAUCUGUUUGUCCUCUCACAGAUACUGCUUCUCUGCAUGAUGCUGUGGUACGGCACUUACGGGACCAUCCCAGCAGCUCAGAAUGCCUUUGACCUGCUCUCGUACUUGCUUACCCCAUUUAAACAGGUUUUGUCAGAUCAAGGGGAGAACCUGACUACAAUUGGGAGCAUUGUGGUAUCAUACAUCGUGCUGUCUUUAGCUUCUCUAGGACUGCUGUUUGUAGGAUCUCUGUUUUGGCAUCUGCUCAGAGCCCGACCAGACCCCCCCUUCCCGCUACAAGAGGACAGACGCCAAUCUGUGAGCCGACAGCCUUCAUUCACGUACUCAGAGUGGACAGAGGAUAAAAAUGAGGAUGACUUCCUAGAUUUGGAUCCCGUACCGGAGACUCCGGUCUUUGACUGCGUAAUGGACAUUAAAGCGGAGACAGACCCAGCUACUCUAACGGUUAAAUCCGUGGGCUUGCAAGAAAGGAGAGGUUCAAAUGUUUCACUCACACUGGAUAUGUGUACCCCAGGCUGUUCUGAGCAAGGUUUUGGCUAUGUCAUGUCACCACGGGAACAGUCAGCCCGAGAAUACCUCCAGACAGCAUCAAACAUUCUUACUGAAGAGGAACUGCACAAGAAAGCACUGGAUCCUUUCAUACUCCAGGCAGAGUUCUUUGAAAUUCCAAUGAACUUUGUUGACCCAAAGGAAUAUGAUAUUCCAGGCUUAGUGCGUAAGAAUCGCUACAAGACAAUUCUCCCGA